GGAUGUUGAAGUGUAGAGAGGCUCCGUCAGAGCUCUCCUCUCUCUCCCCCCGCCCUCCUUCCUCCGCCUCCUCCCUCCUCUUCCUCCGGCAGCUCUUCGCACAGACAGCCCCGACGACAGACAGCCAGCCAGCCGCUCACCGUCCUGCUGCUGCUGCGCGCGGACUCCCCCCGUCGUCUUCUCCCAUCGAGCCCCGGCGUCGUUUCAUUUGUUUUUGUGAGACACCCAGUCUGCGAGGAUCUCCACGGGCCGCUCAGAGUCCUUCUUCUAGAGGGGGGGAUUUUUUUUAUUUUUUUUUUAAAGUCUCGUGUGUGUGCGAGUGUUUUGUUUCUCCAGUUUGCCCUUUCGAGACUUAUGGAGAAAAUGGCCAGACCUCUUCCUUUAAAUCCAACUUUCCUGCCGCCGACCCAUGGCGUGCUGAAAUCCCUGCUGGAGAACCCUCUGAAGCUGCCUUUCCACCAUGAAGAAGGAUUUGGGAAAGACAAGGAGAAAGAGAAGAAGCUCGACGAUGAGGCGUCCCCAGCCAACCACCCACAGUCCGCCUUCCUCGGGCCGACCCUGUGGGACAAGACCCUGUCCUACAACGGAGACAGUUUCCAGCUGGAGUACAUGGACCUGGAGGAGUUCCUGUCGGAGAACGGCAUCCCAGCCAACACAGCCUCUCAGAGCGAAGCGACCCCGCAGCAGGCACCUCCGUCGGCGCAGCAGGCCUCCCCGCCCGCCCCGCCCACCCCCACCACGCCCACCGUGGUGGACCUGAGCAGUCGCGCCACCACCUCGGUUCACACGGGCAUGCCGCCUCAGCCCUGCCUUCACAGCCCCGCCGCAGCAGUCCGAGACAGCCCCAGCCCCAUCGAUCCAGAGUCCAUCCAGGUACCAGUGACCUACGACCCGGACCCCGCAGACCUGGCUCUGUCCAGCGUCCCCGGCCAGGAGAUGUUCGACCCCAGGAAACGCAAGUUCUCUGCAGAGGAGCUGAAGCCGCAGCCCAUGAUCAAGAAAGCUCGCAAGGUGUUCAUCCCAGAAGACAUGAAGGACGACAGGUACUGGGCCCGACGCAGAAAGAACAACGUGGCAGCCAAGAGGUCACGGGACGCCCGGCGGCUGAAGGAAAACCAGAUCGCCAUCCGCGCCAGCUUCCUGGAGAAGGAGAACUCCGCUCUCCGCAUGGAGGUAGCGGACAUCAGGAAGGAGCUGGGCCGCUGCAAGAACAUUAUGGCGAAAUACGAGGCCCGACAUGGGCCCCUGUGAGCCCUCCCCCCCCUGAUCCCCCUCCCUCCCUGUACACCCACCCACACCCACUUUACCCCCUGACCCGCCAACCCCUGAGUUUUAAGGACAAUGUGUCUCUUUUUGUGGCACUGCCCCCGUCCUCCUCCUCCUCCUCCACCCCCCCACUCCUCCUACAAGCCUCCCCCCCCUGCGACCUCCACACAUCUGUAUGAUUCUGGUAUUAUAACUGUCAUUUUGACUUCUAUCAUAAGCUUCAAUUCAUCUGUUCCUUCUUUGAUUUCUGUACACAUUGUUAGACUAAAUAUAAAUAUAUAUAUAUAUAUACAUAGAUAAAUAUAUGUAUUUACACAUGCAUACUUCCCACUUUUAUGUACUGUGAGGAGUUAUGAGCCAACCCACCAGCUGAGUCUCCCCCCUGCCCCCCUGCCGCUACCUUCCACUUUUGAGAAACGAUGCCAUGCUGUUUGUUGUUCACUUUCAUACCAAUUUUAUACAUGAGAUCAGGACUGAAAACUGUUGUCCCCCCUUUUCCUUUCUUCCUCAUCUUCUUCUUCUUCUUCUGUGUUUUAUUGUGUGACGUGUCCGAGAGCCUGAUUAUAACCUCCUUAAACUUCGUUGUUCUUUUGAGACCUCGUUAAAAGGCCCUUUUUCUUGCGCCAUCGUCUUUUUUGAACCUUUUUCUUUGAUGUUCUGGUUUUGUUUGGUUGUUUAAUCUUCCUCGUGCUUUGAAGGAAGUGUUCGGACCAAAAGUAAAUCUUACUCAUUUUCACCUCCGCUCCAAACAUCUGUCCAUCUCCCUAUGAGUGGCAGUUUCACUGUUAAAAGCCAGUUUAUACCUGACCUACUACAGCCCUUUAAACUCCCAAUAUUUCAAUUUUAAUUUGCAGUAAAGUGGUCAAAUUAAAGCCGAAUUAACAACACAGUGUUGCUGAAUCUACAGAGUACAAAUUCCUGCUUUGUCAGAUUUCUCAGCUGCACUUAAAGCAACAACUUUUAAAAUACGUGUUUUUUUGAAUGGAGUUUGGUUGGAGCAUUUCUGGAAUACCUUAACAAUGUUUUCACAACACUUGGACCUAAAUUAUUUACUCAAAAGAAAGCAAAUCUAAGUCAUUUUCACCUCUGCUCCAAACAUCUGUCCAUCUCCCUAUGAGUGGCAGUUUCACUGUUAAAAGCCAGUUUAUACCUGACCUACUACAGCCCUUUAAACUCCCAAUAUUUCAAUUUUAAUUUGCAGUAAAGUGGUCAAAUUAAAGCCGAAUUAACAACACAGUGUUGCUGAAUCUACAGAGUACAAAUUCCUGCUUUGUCAGAUUUGUCAGCUGCACUUAAAGCAACAACUUUUAAAAUACGUGUUUUUUUGAAUGGAGUUUGGUUGGAGCAUUUCUGGAUUACCUUAACAAUGUUUUCACGAGACUUGGACCUAUAUUAUUUACCUCAAAAGUAAGCACAUCUUACUCCUUUUCACCUCCACUCUGAACAUCUGUACAUCUCCCUAUGAGUGGCAGUUUCACUGUUAAAAGCCAGUUUGAACCUGAGCUACUACAACCCUUUAAACUCCAAUAUUUCAAUUUUUAUUUGCAGUACAGUGGUCAAAUUAAAGCCGAAUUAACAACACAGUGUUGCUGAUUCUACAGAGUACUAAUUCCUGGUUUGUCAGAUUUGUCAGCUGCACUUAAAGCAACAACUUUUAAAAUACGUGUUUUUUUUAAUGGAGUUUGGUUGUAGCAUUUCUGGAAUACCUUAACAAUGUUUUCACAACACUUGGACCUAAAUUAUUUACCUCAAAAGUAAGCAAAUCUUACUCAUUUUCACCUCUGCUCCAAACAUCUGUCCAUCUCCCUAUGAGUGGCAGCUUCACUGUUAAAAGCCAGUUGAACCUGACCUACUACAGCCCUUUAAACUCCAAUAUUUCAGAUUUUAUUUGCAAUAAACUAGUUUAAUUGAAGCCGAAAUAACAACACGGUGGUGCUGAAUCUACAGAGUACAAAUACCUGCUUUGUCAGAUUUGUCAGCUGCACUUCAAGCAAACAACUUUUAAAAUACGUGUUUUUUUGAAUGGAGUUUGGUUGGAGCAUUUCUGACGUACACUCAGGACGUCUGGAAAAAGACUUGGACCUACAUUAUUCACCUCCUAACAUCAAACUGAAGGUGAAUUUAAUCUGCCACACAACCAACCUGCUUUAUUUCUGGUCCGAACCGCUCUCUCUAGCUUCUUCACUCGUUUUGAACCCCCUGGUUUUUUUUCCUCCCCCCCCCUCCCUCUGUGCACUCGUGGUUCAGAUUUGCAGGUUUUCGGUUUUCCUUCAUCACCCGGACACUGAGCAAUAAUCAACCCUGUCCAGAACUUAACGUACACGACGACCUUACAUGUUCGUCACACCGCCACCCCUCUCUUCCUGAUCUCCGCCUCCGCCUCCUCCUCUCUCAUUUUAUCUCACCUUUCAUUGACUAAGCUAACCCUUAGUUAACCUCUGCACUAAUGCGUGUGUCACAAUCUGAUCCGCUGAUCCUCACUCAAAAUUUCCUCAUAUUUAUCUACCUUUUAUUUCUCAGAUGGAAGAUUGUUGUUUUAUAUAUAUAUAUAUAUACAUAUAUAUAUAUAUAUGUAUUCUGUUGAUAUAAUUGUUAGUAUUAAUACUACUCUUGACAUUGUUGUUUAGCCCUUCUCCUUGUUUGCAGACUUAAGCAUGAUUUUCUUUCACACAAUGCAAAAAGCUUCAGAAUCUUUUUCUUCUUUAAUUUUUUUUUUUUUUGCAAAAAGUUGUUGAUAAUUCUUUCUGGCUUCUGUUUCAACUUCAGCAUGAUUAAUACGAGUGUUUUAUUUUAGAAAAUUGAUACAGAUGUCUGUCGUCUCUCAUCGUAGCUCUCUCUAUGUUCUCCCUCUCUCUCUUUUAUUUUUGUUGUUUUUUUUUUAAAGAUGGCUGUAUGAAUGUAAAAGAUGUUGACAAAAAAAAACAAAAAACAAGAGUUGGAUGGUGUUGUCCAAUACUGUGGUUAACCCAAUCAAUUUGUUUACUGCAGACCAAAACGAUUCACACAAGAGAUGAUAUAUUGGUUACAAGAGAUAUGUUUAUAUAAACCGACUAUAAGUUGUUGUUUUUGUACAGUAUUUUUCCUAUACAUUACUGAACUAUGUAUUUUAAAGGCACAACAGAUCCAGAAUAUUAUUAAAGAAUACAAGUAUAUAACUCAAA